AUGGCAGCAGCUGUGAAGGCUUGUGAAGAUGCAACCUCUCGAGUACAGUUACCUCCCCUUAACUACAAUGGAUCUAAAAUUCUUCCUCAGGAACUAUCUGCAGCCCCACUGCCAGUAAUCCCUGCCCAGGAACCAACUGUUAGAUACCAGGAGGAACCUAUUUUAAUAGAGACUGAUGGGGGUGCACAUGUGGAUACAUUUGCUGAGACACAAAUUCAAGAUUUUUUCACCAAGCUAAAGGAGAGUUAUACAGAGGGAGAUAACUCCAAAUUGGAUUUCUUAGCCUGUCAUGCCAUGAGUUACAUCUACACAGACAGCAUGAUAUUAGUCAAAGAACUUGAGAAAUUGCUUCAGAUUUCUGUUGGAAUGUACAGAGAUAUUUUGGGGACAGACACAGGACAGAAGGAUGGAAGUACAAAAAACUUAAGUGCCAGUGUGGGUGAAUUGUACUUCAAGCUUGAUAGACUAAAGGGCUGGACCAGACAACAACAGUCUAUGGCUGGUUUUGAGAAAAUCCAAACAGUUGGCAAAGGGGCUUAUGGUGCCGCGGUAUUGUACAGAAAGAAAGAUGAUGACUCUCUGGUUAUACUGAAGGAAAUAAAUAUGCAUGAUUUAAAUGCUGCUGAGAGACAACUUGCACUGAAUGAGGUCAGCAUUUUAGCCAUGUUGAUGCACCCCAACAUAGUCAGUUAUUAUGACAGUUUUGAAGAAGAUGGUGUAUUAAUGAUUGAAAUAGAAUAUGCAGAUGGAGGAACUUUAUCCCAGUAUUUGUCACAGAGAGAUAAACCUCUAGAAGAGAGAGAGAUCCUGGUCAUGUUCCAACAAAUCGUCUCAGCCAUUAAACAUAUACAUGAGCAAAAUAUACUACAUAGAGACUUAAAAACAGCCAACAUAUUUCUCACCAAAGAAGGUAUAGUAAAGAUUGGGGAUUUUGGUAUUUCUAAAAUGAUGAGUUCUGCCAACAAGGGAGCUAACACUGUGCUUGGCACACCUUACUAUAUCAGUCCUGAAAUGUGUGAAGGAAAGCAGUAUUAUGACAAAUCAGAUAUCUGGGCCCUUGGUUGUAUAUUGUAUGAGAUGGCUUGUUUGCAGAAAACAUUUGAAGGAUCCAAUCUGCCUGCCUUAGUCAACAAAAUAAUGAAGGGCCAGUUUGCACCCGUGAAGGGGAACUAUAGCCAGGAAUUAAAGGAUCUGAUCAUGGAUAUGUUAAAACAAGACCCUGAUCUUAGACCUUCAGCUUGUGAGAUAUUAAAUAUCAGGAUUCCUGAGUUGAUGCAUAAAUAUGAAGAAUCCCAAACAGAUGAAGAUUCAUCUCAACAAAACAGUUUGAGUGAAAGUCGGUCCAAAAAGAAAACAAGUUCCUUGGAUACAAGGUCAGUUUUGUAUUAUUUUGAAUGCUGUACAGCUUCCAUUACUCCUGUUGACUUACCUUCAAAAAUCAAAAUUAUACAUGCAGCAACUGGAGAAGAUCAUGUAAUUGUAAUAUCCACAGAAAAAAGAGUAUUCUCAUGGGGUAAAGGUCGUAGAGGUCAGCUAGGUCAUGAUGAUACAGAAGAUAGAGAGAAGCCUGCUCUAAUUGAAGGUCUUACUGGGAAAUCAAUAUCGAGAGCUUACUGUGGAGAUGGGUUCAGUGUAUUUGCCAGUGACAAUGGUAUAGUGCUGACUUGUGGUGAUGGUAGCUCUGGAUGUCUAGGACACGGGGACUGGAAAAAUACAAACAGACCGAGACUUAUAGAGACAUUGCUUAGUAUUGAUGUAAUUGCUGUAGCCUGUGGGAAAAAGCAUGUUGUGGUAGUUGGCAGUGAGGGAGAAGUUUUCUCCUGGGGCUGUGGUGCUGAUGGACGUCUGGGGCUAGGAAAUGAUGAUGAUCAGUGUAUACCCACACAGAUCCUGGUAGAUGAUAAGGUUUUGAUACGAGAUGUACGAUGUGGUGUGGAUGGGACCAUGUUUAUCACUGAUGUAGGCAGUGUCUUUGCUUGUGGUAACAACUUAGACAACAAACUGGGGCUUAACAACAGAUUUGGUUUCAUCAUGGCCAUGAAAAAUAUCUUCACUAAGACAGAAGUAGAAGGCCAGAAGGUCCCCACACCAGUCAAGGCCAUCAAAGGUGUACUGGAUAUCUCCAUGGGACCAACACAUACAGCUGUAAUGGUGAAGCCAGGUCAGAUAUAUACCUUUGGUAGGAACACAGAAGGUCAGCUUGGAGCUAGUAACGUCAAACAAAUUGGUGGUUAUGUAGAGGUCAAGGCCAUGAAGGAUAAAACUGUUAAUAGAGUGCAGUGUGGACAUCAUUAUACAGUUGCCAGUACAGAAGAUAAUGAACUUUAUUACUGGGGACUAAGAUUUAAAAAUCCUACAUCAUUUUAUUUAGAGGAUAAUGACAGCCAUUCAAGUACAAAUGGCAGUGUAAUAAAUACCGGGGAUUGUAGACUAGAGAGUAUUACUCCCCGUAAGGCUGCCGGAGGUCACUCCCGUCAAAAUAGUUCAUCGAGUGUUAAUGAAUUAAUAACUAGUGACAAGGGAGGUAAAUCUUUACACACUCGUCAACUUAGCCACGGAAGUGGUAUGGAUAGUUUCCUUCAAAAGGACAAAGAAACCAUGUUGAGGCGUGAUUCUGGUAAUCAUUCUCGGCAUGCCAGUUCUACCGAUUUACGGAGAGAGUCUGGUUCACUGACUAAAUUACAAUCUAGUCAUAAUGUAGGUGAAAACAGUGCAACAAAAAGAGAUUCAGGAAAUAGUUCUCGUCAUGCUAGCUCUGUGGACUUAAGAAAGGACUAUGGUUCUCAGUCUAAACUGGCAACCAGUAAUAACAAGACACAUUCCAGACAAACAAGUUUAACAAGUGUUUCUAGUAUAGUUAGUAACAAAGAUCCACUCAGUAGCAGUAAAGAUGAAGGUGUUGAAAGUGGGGGAGGAGUCAAACAAAGCCCCUCCCAUCAGAGACAGACAAGUGUAGAUAGUGCAUUAUCAGCCAGUCUGACAGACAGUGGAUUUCCUUCUCAUAGCAAUGACACCAAACCUGGAUUCAGACCUUUAAGUAGUUCUAGGAGAAGAACAGCAAGUGCCAGUAGUAAAGAUAAUAAAGACAAGGAAGAGACACUGACAGAUGAUGCUGAAAUUAUCUACCCGCCAAAACAUUUGCUCAAAAUUAUGAAGAAUAGUGCUGAACAGCUGACAAUCAGUAGUUUUUACUGUCAUGGGGAGAAUCUGUUUAUACAGAUGGAGACAACAGCGCCACCUCCAAAACGUAAAAGUAGAAAGAAAAGGGGAAUAAGAAAACGUUACAGUGGAAACACUCUAAAUGUGCCACAGGAAACUAAGGCCCUGUACUCUUUAUCUAGUCAUGAAGGUGGUGAUGAAUAUUCAUCAGAAGCAUCAGAAAUGGAUACCCAUGGACCUGUACCAAAUUGGAUCAAGCAGGAGUUAGCUCUGUCUGAAGAUGAAUUAAAUGAUGGUAAUGAACCAGAUGAUACCAGUGACCACUCUGAUGAUGAAAGAAGAAGUGGACUUGUGGAUGCCUCUAUGUCAAGUAUACAGAUAAAUAAAGAAUUAACAAACAGAAAGAAUUGUGAUGAUUCGUCUAAUCCGGAAGGGAAACUGUCCAAAGAUUUCAGCAACUCAGCAAAGUUUACAGUUCAGGCCUUUGGAAAGGUUGAAGUUCACCAGGUUAAAAGUCUGUCUUACAACAGUACAGAGAGUGAGUUAGAUCUUCAAUCUGAUGGAAGUUCUAAGGAUAAUAACGAAUCUAAACAAACUAAAGACAACAACAGACUGAAGAUUGAUGUGGCUAGGGUAAGGAAGGUAUCCCCACAGUCCAUCAGGAACAGACUACCUCCUGGACCAUCAGGGGCCAACAGAAAUAAGGCCCAAUCCAGAGAUAGAGGCCAAGGGCAAGAUUGGAAGGAACAGUUAGCAGCGAGGGGCUUUGUAUCUGAUGUCACGGUGAAAAGGAAACAAGAGGCUCUUAAGAAUGAAUUAGAACUAACAAGAGGAGAAAAAAGAAGAGCUCAAGAAAAGAUAAAGAUUUUAGAGGAGGAACAUAAGUUUCAGACAGAAUUGUUGAAGAGAGAAGUGGAAAAGAAAGCAAAGGAGAGAGAAGCAGCAUUAGAGGGAGAAAUAUCUGACCUAAGAAAACAGAUAACUGACCAGAAAUCACAGAUGUUAGAUCAUCAGAAAGCCGUCAUGGCACUUCAGAAUGAUUUGAAGAAAGUGAAAGAGAGGUCUGGAAGAGAUAGUAAAGUCUGUAAUCUGCAGUGAACCAAGUUCAAUUCCUGGAGGCUAUUAUGAUCGUGUUUUUAAUUGGAUCUUUAAAAAAUACUGAACAUUUCAGACACUUAUGAUGAAGUGAACAACCUUUUCAUAUACAUUAAUCAACAUUUCUCAACUUUAUCAUAUAUAAUGAAGCUUGAAAUGGCUACCUAUUCCAGUGUCUCCUCCUUACCAUUCAGAACAUAGAAAGAGGACCCAGAAAAACACCCUUAGACUGAAGGAUAAAGUAAAUCUGGUUACAUUCAUGAUUGGUACCAGUUUUCUUGGAUUCGGGAGUUUUAUGUUUGUUGAAAUAUAAUUUAUUGGUUUAAAAUAUUAAUUCUGCAUUCAAAUCUAUAUGAAAUUGUUUUGUUUGCAUUAAGAUUUGUGGUCAAACAUUACCCUAAAAAAUCAUGACAGUAAGUACCCUCACCAUUAAUAGUGAAUCCACAUUGGUUAAUUUGAAGUUUUUACUCUUAAACUUAUUCAUACUUUGGCUCAUGGAGAUUGUUGUUCUGUUACAUUUUGUGAGUUUGUACGCCUUCCAAAUUUUGGCAUUUCAUUUGCGUACAAUGAGAGGAUCCUACUUUGAAGUUUUGCAGACAUUGUAGUCAAAGAUUUUGAUAAUUUAUUCUAAGUAUAAAGUUUAUUGUUACAGUGUCAAAGAAGGCAAGGUGGGUUUUAACCAUUUUAAUAAGCCAAUAUCCUACAAUAUAUCUUUUAAGUACUUGAGGUAGGCUUUUUUGUAAUACUGUAAACUCUGAUUUUUUGGCAUGCAUUUAUCAUUGCAAUUGUUGAAAAAUAACCCAAGAUGCUAAAUCAAUUAUCACAAUUCCUUCAAAUUCGGCAUACAAAUAAUGCUACCAAAAUUUAAAACAAAAGUUUUAUUUUCGCGAAAACAAACCCUGUCGCAAUUUUCUCAUGAUAAAAAUAUUGCAAAAAAUUCUGUCCUGAUAGGAUCCAAUUACAACUAUUUCUAAUAAAAUAUCGAAUGGGUGGCAAUACAUUCUUAUUCUAGGUACCUCCUGUAAAAAUUUAUUUAAUUUUCUGUAUUCUGUCCUAUCCAAGAUAUCCCUAUAUUCAAGUGGCAGUCCAAAUUUCUCUCCCUUCAUCCUAGUCCAGCUAUCUUGUUGAUCUUACCUAUUGUAUUAAUUGUAAAUUUGUUCAUGUCCUUAAUAUACAUAAAAUAGUUGCCACUAAACUUAAAGCGAGCAACAAUAAAAUAAGUGAAACUGAUGAAAAAACUCCCAACAUAGUUUAAAAAUAAAAAAAGUGGAGCUUGACCCUCCCAGGUAUUUAUUUAUAAAAGCAAAUAAUAUUGUCUGUGGUCAAAUUAAAAAGAAAACACUUUAUAAUAUCAAUAGUGAAAAAGAACAAUUGCCCCCUCCCCCCUCCACCAACUUUAGGGCAAAAAAAAUUUAUUAAAAUAAAAAAAUGACAACGGAAUAACGCUAGACAAUUUGACUAUAGACGUGUGUGGAAUUUUUAUUUUCAUUGUCAUUUUAGAAGUUUACGACCAUGUUUCAGUCUACUCCAAUGCCACUGAAUAAAUUGUCUUAUUGGCAAUCAUACCACAUAUCCUCAUUUAAAUAAAGAAUAUUAAGACAGUUUAGCAUAUGAGGGAAAUUAGCAUAAUCUAUUCAAUUACACUAUGUUUAAAAAAAAAUAUUCAAAAGGAGUAGGUCCGGUAAGGGCGGAUUUUGGCCUCAAAUUUCAGGUUCAUCUGAUGAAAGAUUUUUUACACUUUUUAAACUCUUAAGUGUCUACUUCAGUCGAUUCAAUUAUUUUAUGUGAAAGAUUUUAACUGAAUAAGUCAUUUCAGACUCUCUAAUUCAAGCUUAAAUAUGAAAAAUCUAUCAAAUAUGCCAUAAUGUGUCACUUUUCAGAUGUUUUUUGUCAAAAAUGAAAGUGGCCGCAUCCGUGUUCACUCUCAACCUUUAUAUAUGUUAUGUAUUAUCAUCAAAUACAACUUACAUUUAAAUAUUAAGAAUGAACACAAAUGCGGCCACUUUCAUUUAAGACGGAAACCAUCUAAAGUUUAACUCAAAUUCUAAAAUUGUGAAGAUUUCAGUAAUUUAGCAUGACUUAAUGAUGCUAGUACCCGAUAUAUGUCCAUUGUAUUGUCAAAAACAGCCCAUUUUUAUGUAGCAGUAGUAUUAUACUUUCCAAUUAAUAGCUAAAAGUUUACAUUGUAACAAUUUUGUAAAACUGCUAUAUUUUGGGGCCAAAAAGGGGUCUUACUGGACCUACUCCUUUAUCAAACCAGAAAAAAAAUAUAUUCUUGUUUCCUGCCUGUAGUUAGGUAUAAUGAUUUUAUUUACCUCUAUAGGUGGUUACAACAUUUUGAAAGUGCCUUCCCUUGGUAGUAUGUAUUUUUAAAUGGAACAGCCUAUAGUUUGUAGACUUGAUAUUCACUGAAUAAACACUGUAAACUUAUGAUUUUAAUUGUGUAUUUUAAUGUUUAAUUGCAAUUUCUGUACAUGUAGUAAAUUAUUUUUAGCAAUUCUGAAAUACAAGUUACAAUUCUAGUGAUGUACAUCCAGUUGUAUUUGUAACAUAAGCAAAAACAUAGUAGAGGGGGUGACAGGUCAUUUUCCUUUUUUGUCCAAGAUUCCACUUUUUUUACCCCUUCAAAUUUUCAUUGUCCACUUUUUUACCCCCUUUAACCCACUUCCCCACUUUUUUACUCCCUAUAUCCCACAUCCCAAAAGGGUUUCAUCCCCCUCAUAGUAGUUACUUCACGAUUGGUAGUUGUCAAACAAUAGGUCUUAAUUUACUUAGAUAAGUUUUGCAUUUCCAAAAAAGUCCCUAAUUUUCAUAAGUUGUCAUAAUUCAUGAAUGUACAAAAUCUGUUGUUUUAUACCUGGUAUUUCUUAUUCAUGGAAUUAAAAUGUGUAUUUUAUUCUAUUCAUGGAAUUACAAUGUGUAUUUUA